AUUUGAAAAAGGUCCUCAAACAUCAACGCCAAUGAAGAGAGGUGUUUGGCACACAGACACCAUAUCAAGCAUUGGAUCAAGUGAUACAGAUGAGCAAGGAGACAAGGCAACAUCGGAACUUGCUGAAGCAGACACAACAAAGCCUCGUGGAUUGGCUGAACUUGAAUGGAGCCUAACUGAGAUGAGCAUUGAUGAUGAACAACAUGUUGAUGAAGGAGCCAUCAAUGAUCUGAGAAAUAGCAUAAUUGACUGGGCUGGUGACGCUCCACUUGAAAGGCCUAUACAAAGGGAGGAAAUGGACGUCGGAGAUGAAGAGGAUAUGCCCUCACUUUCUAUCAAAUGUGUUUUCCAUGCCACCAUGCAACUAUGGCUUUUAACGUGGUCGAAAUUAGAUGAUUGAAAUGUAUUGGCAAUCACAACAUUGACAGAUAUGUUGUCUUUCCUCCAACAGAUUCGGAGGCACUUUGAAUCAGGUUCCAUCCCUCGACAAACUUCCAGUAAUUGGUUUGGAUGAGACGGUGCAUGACUUUAUCCCAGAACUGGAUCCUGUUCCAGAGACAUGCACAUACAGUGACUCGGCAUGUGAUCUCAGGCUCCCCCAAGUAAAGACGGCAGAACAUAUUGUAGGAGCUAAAGCGUCCAUCAUUUAUGAGGAAUGCUUGAGGCACCUGGCUUCCUUUGUAACUUUGCCAGUUCAAAAGUGUGCCAAAAUGAAAGAGACAGGUGAAGUAUGUCAGCAGUUCCCACCAUACAGAGUCCACAUCAAAGAUAGAGGCACAGCAAGUGUUUUAGAAUGGAUCUGUGCCGAUGGACAUCUUGUGUGGCAAUGGGUUUCACAGCCUGUAAUGAAAUUUGGGAUGCAGGCUGGUGACUUCAUGCUUUCAACAAACAUCUUGUUGUCUGGAAACAAUUACAACAAAGUAGCACUACUCUUCAAGUUCAUGAACAUGGGAAUGGUUGGAAGAGGAACGUUCUUUUCCAUCCAAGACACAUACUGUGUCGACACAGUUAAAAGUUACUGGAUGCAGAAAAGGGCUGAAGCCAUAGCUAAACUGCAGAGAAAAGAUGUUGUGCUCCUUGCUGACGGGAGGAAUGACACUCCAGGACAUUGUGCACAAUACUGCAGUUACACUGCAAUGGAGAAUGAUACACGGGAGAUCAUCAGUGUUGUAACUGUAGAUAAGAGACAAACCGACAGAAGAUCAACUGUUACGGAAAAGGAGGCCUUCAUUCGAACAGUUGAUCAGCUUAUGGCUGAGGUGAAGCUGGUGGAAAUCUGUACAGAUGCCCACUCACAGAUUAGUGCUGUCAUGGAUCCUGAAAAGGGGAGGUAUAAGGGACAAGGAAUAAAUCACAGUCUUGACAUGUGGCAUGGAGCUAAAAACCUGGCCAAAAAAAUCGCUGCAACUGCCAAGAUAAAGGAACAGUCGGCUCUACUACUAUGGCUAAAGGACAUUGUAAAUCACUUUUGGUGGUGUUGCAAAAAAGCAGAAAACUUUGAAGAGUUCUUGAUACUGUGGGUUGGAAUAAUCCACCACGUAUGCAAUGAGCAUGAGUGGGCAACUGGCCAGUGUCAACAUGGUCUAAUAGAGGAAGCCCAAAAGGAGUGGAUAGAGAAAGAGUCAAAGGCUCAUGAGGCGCUUGUGGAUAUAGUUCUGAAGAAGCGGUGGCUGAAGGAUAUCCAUAAGUACUUGCGUUUUAGAUCUACAGCUGACUUGGAGAGUUUUCACAACCACGUCCUCAUGUAUGCAAGCAAGCGUUUUGCUUUCACUCCUCCAGUCUAUGAAGCCCGUGUUAUUCUGGCUGCUCUGGACUACAACUUCCAUCUUGGUCGGCCAACAAGACAGAGAGCAGACGGCUCCAACAUGUACACACGGAUUUUCAGAAAAAAUGCAAAACCUUAUAGCGUUUAUGCAUUGAAGACACCAAAAACAUAUGGCUACAUUCAAGCGCUGCAGACUGAGGUGGUGAAGUGUAGAUUGGAAGCAGAUAAAGGCAUGCCAAGAACACGGACACUGAGGCCAGAUGAUCCACGCAAGCUCGGUCGACUUCCGCCUGUACCUCCCCAUCCGUUGAACUUGUACAAACACAAGUGAAAAGGGGCCUCGGUCCAGAAUUCAACACCAAUCCUCCUUCUGUAUAAGGAUGUUGUCAGACCUACGAUGACGACCAACACAGAGUAGAAAGCAGUCUGCAGAUGCAGAAUCUACAUCAUAGCAGAUACUGACGAGCUCCUGCUCCAUUCCUCCUCUCUGAUGAACAAGACUCGGAGUCCCACACUUGAUUCAGGACCUCAUCUGCCAACCCAGAGGAAGUAUUCCAGCCUUUUCCCUCCGAGGACCAUGCUCUCACGUGUGGAGAUGAUUCUCAUCCCAGCAACUUCACACUAGACUGAUCUGCUCCAGUGACAGCAGAAGGUCAUGGCCAAGGUCUCCAAAAAGCAAACAUCUGAUGCUUAGGUCACAAAAUCUGCCCCCUCAUCCCCAUUACUGCAUCUAAUAAUUAUUUCCAUCACUGUAAUGAACAAAAAAAGUGAAAAAUGUGAAAGUGAAAAUGUGUAUUCAGUCAGUGGUGUUUGCCACAGAUAAAACAUCGUCAAGAAGGAUUGAAUAUCUGUUGUACCAUCAAACUUUCACAUCCUUUGUAUGGAUAUAUGGCUUUUUUUUUUGUAGAUAGGCUUUGGUCU